GCAAAGUUAGAGAGUAGAAGCAAAUUGCAGUCAACAAAGAGAUUUAAAACGACCAAAAAGAAAGGAAUUUCAUCUUCUUUAAAUUAUUAUUUUGCAUCUUCCUUUCUUCUCUCUCCUGUCUUAGGAGUGGGUUUUUUUUCUUCCCACCGGGACCCAUAUCUUCUUAGCUUGUGUGUGUGCGGGGGGAUUUUUUUUCUUUUUUAAAACUGCUGCAAAAGGGAAGGGAAAACCCAACAACCCCAAAGCGAUUUAGCAGCUUUGAAAAGAAGGGCGGGGGAAGCAGAGAGAAGGUUUUUUAAAAUUUAUAUAGAUCGCUAAUUUAAUAGCUGCAUUAGCACUAAAGGGGGAAACAGAAUUGUUCUGCUGCAGGUCACUUCCAGCACCGAAGGGGCUGAGCGACUCCUGUUCUGGCUUGCUCUUGCACAUGAUGCUGAGUGUGAGAGAGAGAGAGGCUGUUCUCGAAUCUCUUGAAUAAGAGAAGGGUGUGUAAAGCUCCCUCCCACCGCAACAUUUAUUAUUUUUUAUUGUUUUAGACUGCUGGUGCACCCUCAGGGUGUACAAGUACCUGUGACUCUUGCCCCCCACCUCCUCGGGCAGGCACUCGGGAUCCCCACACCCACCCGCGCCACUUCAGAAGCGUGUGUGCGCGCGUGUGAGUGACUGUCUGCCUUUCUGUGUCGGGGUGUCCUGCUCUCCUGUCCCUUGCCCUCGAGGUGUCCUUUACGGGAGGGUGCUCGCCCCGCAACGGCUGCUGCCCCUCGCUUCUCUGCUCUGCUCUCUGCCUGCCUGCCGUGCUUUUUCUCCCCUCUCUUCGCCCCCCUGUCGCCGUUGCUAUGGUGUCGCGGCUCUACGUGCCGCUGUGGGCAGUGGCGGCGGCGGCGGCGGCGCUGCUGAGCCGGCUGGCGCUGGCGGUGGGGCCGGUGGUGCGGUGCGACCCGUGCGACUCCCGGGCGCUGGAGCAGUGCAAGCCGUUGGCGCCCGAGUGCCUGGAGCUGGUGCGGGAGCCGGGCUGCGGCUGCUGCCUGACAUGCGCCUUGCAGGAAGGGAGCCCGUGCGGCGUGUACACCGAGCGCUGUGGCUCCGGCCUCAGCUGCCGGCCCCGAAGCGACGAGCAGAAGCCCCUGCAGGCGCUCCUCGACGGCAAGGGGCUCUGCACCAACGUCAGCGGCGACGCGGCCGUGGCCGGGGGAGGAGGCAGCUCCACCGGCAGCAGCAGCUCCGCCGGCAGCAGGCUCCGCGACUUCCUCCUACGAGGGACCCACGGGCCAGGGAAUUCCAGUGAUUCAGAAGAAGACCAGAACAUCAGUAGCACAGAAAACCAGUCUUUUCCCCCAACACACAGGCUGUUGGAUUCCAAGUCACAUCCUCACCACACCAAAAUAGAUAUCAUCAGGAAAGAGCAUACCAAAAAUACCCAGCGCUACAAGUACGACUCACAAAGCACAGACACACUGAAUUUCUCUUCUGAGUCCAAACAGGAGACUGAAUAUGGUCCUUGUCGAAGAGAAAUGGAAGACACACUAAACAACCUAAAGAUUCUGAACGUUUUAAGUCCAAGAGGACUGCAUAUUCCAAAUUGUGACAAGAAGGGAUUCUACAAGAAAAAACAAGUGAGUUACAUUUCUUGCCCAUUUCCAUUUUCCCCUCCUCUUUGUACUAUAAGCAGAUCAAUUGCAGUCUCAUUAUUAACCAAGAUGAUGAUGAUAACGAUAACAGUGCUCAGUGCAUAUCAUUUUAAUUGAAUGCUAAUUUAACACCAAUGUAGGGCACCUGUUGGUUUGGCUCCAAAGUACAAUGUAAGGUGCGGUUGCUGUUUUAUUUGCUGCUGUUCACGACAACAGAUUAAGUUGGAGAAACCUCAUACAUUUGAGCUGACCCCUGGAUACCCGUGCCCUUCAGUUUAAAAAAAGAAGUGACUCUCCAAAAAAACAAAACAAAAAAGACUGAGCAAAAUGUUGCCAUCACCAUAUGACUGUAAUAGAUCAAUGCUUUGGAUUGUAAAUAGCUCCCUGAGAGUUGCUAGAAGAAUUGAGUUGGGUUGUAUUUCAGGCAGUAACUUGAGCAACCCCAUAUGUCUGUCCUUUAUGUGCUUCAGAGGAUUGCUUCCAAAAUCUAGUCCUGUGAUCCGAAAGUGAUAUGUACUCAGCUUUUACUUCACAGUAAUGCUGGCCUCUCAAGUGCUCUGGGUUUUCCAUCUGCAUCAGCCUAUGAGGUUAUGACCUUUCUUGCCAAAUGUAGAUCACCACACAGCUACCCAUACCUUAGUUCCAGACUGAACUGCCAGUGGGUUUAAUUAAUGGCUACAAAAUAGCACAAAUGUACGUUUGGUGAUUUUUAUUUGGAGGGGCACAGUGCUCUUUGUAUUCUAUGUGUCUGUACCUUCAACCAUACUUGGCUAGACUUUCCUGAAUUUCCAUAAAUCAGAUCUGUGUACCUGUUCCAAUUCCAAACUGAAUGCCAUGUUGGGUGCCUCAACCAGGUCACUCAACUUGCAUAUAAAAUAAGUUGGAUCAACCAAUGAAAAAUUAGGAUGCUACAUUCUGCUGCUAGACAUAAUAUCCCUGGGAGCAAAUGUGGUAUUGUGCAAUUUGAAACAUGAAUGAUAAGUAAAUGAAACAUGUUGAACAUUUCAGGAGUACUGAAAGAGAGCUAUAAAUGGAAGGCAAAUGAAGUAAAUUAAAUUCUCCCUGGUAAUUUAGGCUUAGUUCUAAUCUGGGACAGUAGUAAUGAUUUUUUUUUUUUUUUUUUUUUUGCAUUUCCACUGUGCAUUAUUGUGUUUUUCCUUUCUGAAUAACCUAAUCUCCAGGAUGGAUUUUCUGCUCUCUUAGCCUAGUUCUCACUGAAGUGGCAAACCUGUGACUGGCUGUGCCACUUAAUGAGGGGAGGACUCAUAUGUAUUCCUUUAAUUCCUUUAAUUUGUUUAAUUUCCAUUUGCCUCUUUGAAGGCAGUAAUACCUUUAUUUUGCAUCACACAUAUGGGGCUCCAUGCCUGCAUGGACUAUUGUUGGAAAAUUUCUACAGGUAAGCAUUAGUUUGUGUGGAAGCCCCUCCCCUUCCUGUUCCCGGCAUCUGUGGGAAGGGCUUCCAUCCAUUCCCUCAGUUGCUUUGUGACUUUCCCUGGAAUGCAGCCUUUGAAUUUGAUCCUCAAGUUGAAAGAGGUUCCCCACCCUUGUGCAGGAGAAAGACAGUUUAUGUCAGUGAGUCAAAAAUGUCCUAUCCUCAUUAAAAAACAAACUUUGCCUACAUCCACCUAGGCAUGGCUUCCCGGUUGGAAGGCCUGGUUUCCUGCCAGGCAUGAGCCCCAAUUAACCAAUCUCUGAGUUUUCAGAAAUUGAGAAAUUGGAUGUGAGUUACUUGUUUUUUAAUAAGCAGAGCACUGUAUCAGGUAUUCUGCCCCCUUUCCACAGAGUAGGCUGCAGAAAGAAAGUUUUGCCUGGUGGACCACCCACCUUCCCAUGAAUGUUUCCUCAAGCCACACCUCCUGCUUCCAGUUGCCAUUUUGCAACAGCUCUGCAGCAAUGACUGCAGUGCUUUCAUUAGAAAUAUUAUUAGCAAAGCAUUCUGUGUGUGUUUUAGCUGCCCUUUUAUGUGGUUUGGGAGUUGGAAAUGAGGAAAGUCAACAUCAAGUGACCAGCCAACCUGCUGUGGAUUCCAAGGAGUCCACAGACUUCCCUGUUUAAAGUUUGUUGCUCUAUAUAUUGCUUAUAUUGCUCUAUAUUGGUUUCUCUCUGUGUGACAUCUUUAAAGCGGGUUGCCAUCUGUGGAAGCUGCAUUAAAUGCAUUUUAAUAUUUUGCCUUUUCUCUUUGUGCACAAAGGAUUGGUGCACAACUUAAUUGACAUUUCUUUUUACAGCUUUUUCUCGAAUUAUAUUUGAGACGGGAGUUCUAAUUUAAGUUCCUAAUAAAAAUAAUAUUAAUUUACA